CUUCCCUCUUUCCACCCCUCCCCUCCUCCACCACAUCACAGCAAUGAACCGCUCAGGAGGAGAAGCCUUUGCGCGCCUCGCGCAGCAGCUCAACCGCGCGCGCAUGCAGGCCGGCGGCGGCGGCCGCGGCGGUAACGGCAGCGGCGGACCUUCCCCCGGCGGCCUGUUUGCCGGCGGCGGCCUCGUCGUCGCCCUCAUCACGGGCGGCCUCGUCCUCAACUCGUCCCUGUUCAACGUCGAUGGUGGUCACCGUGCGAUCAAGUACUCGCGUCUGCAUGGUAUCAUGCCCAAGAUCUACCCCGAGGGCACGCACUUCCGUGUUCCUUGGUUGGAGACGGCCAUCAUCUACGACGUCCGUGCCAAGCCUAGGAAUAUCGCCUCGUUGACGGGUACCAAGGACUUGCAGAUGGUUAACAUCACCUGCCGUGUUCUUUCGCGUCCCGCUCCCCAGGACCUUCCUACGAUCUACCGCGAGCUCGGCACCGACUACGACGAGCGUGUCCUCCCCUCGAUCGUCAACGAGGUCCUCAAGUCCGUCGUCGCCCAGUUCAACGCCUCGCAGCUCAUUACCCAGCGUGAGAUGGUGUCCCGUCUAAUCCGUGAGAACCUUACUCGCCGCGCGAGGCGGUUCAACCUCGUGCUCGACGACGUGUCGAUUACGCACGUCGCCUUCUCGCCCGAGUUCACGCACGCCGUCGAGGCCAAGCAGGUCGCGCAGCAGAUUGCCCAGCGUGCCGCCUUCCAGGUCGACCAGGCAAUCCAGGAGAAGCAGUCGAUCAUUGUCCGCGCCCAGGGUGAGGCCAAGAGUGCCGAGCUCAUCGGCGAGGCCGUGCGCAAGUCGCAGGGUUUCCUCCAGCUCCGCAAGCUCGAGGCCGCGCGCGAGAUUGCCCAGACCCUCUCGCAGAGCGGCAACAAGGUCAUGCUCGACAGCAGCAGCCUGCUCCUCAGCGUCACGGACGACCAGGUCCUCCAGCCUUCCAAGAAGUAGGCGGCAAAAGCGAAAAGCGGCAUUAUCAUGUAGUGGGAAGAUGCAGCAGCAACAACUCUGGAAGAA